CUCACCUUAUAAUUGUGCUAUAGAUCGAUCUAGCAGCAGCGCUAGGUUUUUGUUAGACGGCCGGAAUCAUUCAUUUCAUGGGCAUGGCGGCUAUUAGGGAAUGUUGGGUUCUGAUUUUCUGCCUCCUGGCCACGAUACCGUCGAUGAUCUCCUGCGAUAAUGGCUACGAACCCACGAUCAGGAAUGGGUCGCCGGCACCGGCGGCUGGUUUGAGCCGGAGCAGCUUCCCGGGUGGGUUUGUUUUCGGCGCUGGAAUCUCAGCUUACCAGGUGAGCUGAUGAUUUGGUCAUCCUUCCUGGCUAGCUAAAGUAUGUAGUUAUUAGAAGACUGAUUAUACACACGUACGUAUGUUUGUCUGUUGUUUUGGAUCUGUUUUGUAAUCUCUCUUUUUUCGAGACAAACUGAUACACUUUAGUGAACUACGUAAAUCUGUAUUUUUUUUUUACCGCAAAUAUUCUCGAUUCAUUCUAACAGAGAGAGUAUGUUUGAUCUUUUUUCCAGUCUGAAGGAGGGCAGCAUUAUCUACUUAUGGAAGGGGACCAAGCGUAUGGGAUAGCUUUGCCAGGAAAUAUCCAGGUUCAGUUGUUCUUCUUAUCUAUUAUGUUUAUGAUCUAUCUAUCUUCAUUCGUUUCGAUUUUGGUACAAAAUACGAUGAUCGAUCUCGAGAAAGUUGAAAGUCAGAAUUUAUUGUAGUUUUUUUUUUUUUGGCAAUGAAAAUGUAGUUUUGAUGACAAUAUGCAUUAUUCUUGCCGUGAUUAAUAGAGCUAGUCAAUAUUUAAUUUCAAUGGUCAGUUUUCAGUACAAUUCAGGCUUUCCGUUUUAGGCCCAGUACUCAAAAUAACAAAAAGGGAAGAAAGUCAUAUAUAGCUUAUAAGGAAAUAGUUAUUGUAUAUUUUUAAUAGAUUAAUAAUGACUGGCGCCGACAAGUCAAAUUCACAUAGUUGGGUCAAUUGAAAAACAUUUCAGCAAAAAUAUAUAAAUAAAGUUGUAUUGACUGUUACAGCGCGGUCAAACUAGUUAUUAGUAAUUGGUCAAUUAUGUUGAUUUUAGUCAAUAUUAUAUCUGUAGAUUACCAAUUGAAAUGUGUAUAUGAUUAUUCUAUUUAAAAAAAUAUGUAUAUGAUUAGAUUGACACUGUGAACUUAUAAUGUAUAUAAUUUUCUCACUUCUCAUGUACGUAUAUACUUCUUAAUUAUUUUUGUAUAACAGAAAAGAUAAUGGAUGCUAGUACUGGAGACAUUGGGGACGAUUUCUACCACAGAUACAAGGAGGAUAUUCAACUGAUGAAGAAGAUUGGAUUGGACUCCUUCAGAUUUUCCAUCUCCUGGACCAGAAUUUUCCCAAACGGCAAGCUUAGCGGGGGAGUAAACCAACUUGGCGUCAAGUUCUACAACGACCUCAUCAAUGAACUCAUCUCCAAUGGUAUAAAGCCAUUUGUCACUCUCCUUCAUUUCGACCCUCCCCAAGCUCUAGAGGAUGAAUACGGUGGCCUUCUAAGCCCUACCUUCGUGGACGAUUUCGUCGUAUACGCGGAUUUCUGCUUCGAGACAUUCGGAGACAGAGUGAAGAAAUGGGUGACCAUCAACGAGCCCAACUCCUACACCAUGAACGCCUACGACUUCGGCAAAUUCGCCCCCGGUCGGUGCUCGGGUUGGAUGGGGAACAACUGCACCGGCACCGCCACCGGCGGCGGCGACUCCUCGACCGAGCCGUACGUGGUGGGCCACCACUUCCUGCUGGCCCACGCGACGACGGUGAAACUAUACAGGAAGAAGUACCAGGCGAGGCAGAAGGGAGAGAUCGGGAUCACGAUCGCCACCCACUGGUUCGAGCCCAAGUACAGAUCCAUUCCCUCGAGCCAGGUGGCAGCUUCGAGGGCGUUGGAUUUCUUGUUCGGGUGGUUGGUCCACCCGAUCACGUACGGGGAGUACCCCAAGAGCAUGAGGUCGAUGGUAGGGGAUCGGCUCCCUAAAUUCACCGACGAACAGUCUGAGAUGCUGAAAGGGUCCAUUGAUUUUCUGGGUCUGAAUUAUUACACCAUGAAUUACGCCGAGAACACGCCGCCGCAGCUUUUGGCCGCAGCCACCACCAAUCCUAGCUACUCCACCGAUAGUCGUGCCGUUCUAUCCACUGAAAAGGACGGCAUCCCGAUUGGCACACCGACUGCUUUGGACUGGCUGUUCAUAUGCCCAAAGGGAUUCCAGAAGCUGCUGCUCCAUAUCAAGGACAAUUACAAUAACCCACCGGUUUAUAUCACUGAGAAUGGAAUAGCCGAUCAAAAUUCGUUGUCGUUGGAGAUGGCGCUCGAAGACACCCUCAGAAUAAAGUACCAUAGCACGCAUCUUCAAUCAUUGUCGAACGCGAUCAAGGGUGGAGCCAACGUAAAGGGUUACUACGUGUGGUGCUUCUUUGAUGACUUCGAGUGGGACGCUGGUUACACGGUGCGUUUUGGGAUGACCUACGUGGAUUUUAACGACAAUUUGAAGAGGUAUCUCAAGGCUUCUGCGUAUUGGUUCCAAAGCUUCCUUGCCCCCACCACGACCACCUCUCCAAAGUGAAAUGUAGCGAGGGAAGGUUACCUGUUACUUCUCAAUUUUGAAGAAGAUAUGUGUGAUCAUUUUAUUACUGAAAGGCUCUACCUCUGCAGAUGGUUGAUAAUCAAGGUUGUCAACCGGCAGGCUGAUCAGGACCCGGUCGGCUAAUGAAUCAAGGGUUAAUGGGUCACCCGUUUUAGCCCGGUUUAGCUCGAAAAUAUGGAAAGAGUCAUUAUAUUGUACUUAUCCUCAUAAAUUAUAUCAAAUCUCAUCUAACAUAUGAGUUAUAACAUAUAAUAUUCCACCAAAAUAAUAUGUUGUACUUAGAUCCAACAUAUUGUGAAGAUUCAGACAUACUUAUAUAACAUAUAUAUUCAAAUGUUCAACUUAAAAUUCCAAAGAUUGAAUUAGGCGGAAAAGAAAAAUCGAAAAAUAUGCGCAUUUAGUAAACCAUAUAAAUAAAUGACACAUUCUAACCUCUAACCCGGUACCUUGUAGCGGUCGACCCGGUGGGUGCGUGCGACCCGUUUUUCUCACAGAAUCAGAGUUAAAGUGGGUUGACCCGUAGGUCGACAACCUUGUUGAUAGUUAAUGACCUUGCAUCUUAGUUCGUGGAGGCCAGGUACGUGUACGACUGUAACGUUGAUUAGUGGCAAUUCAUGUACGUACCGGUUAGUUACUUAAUUAGGUUAUCACUAAGUAAAUCAGAUAGCUCUUUAAUUAGGUUAGUUAGGCAGUUAAUUAGGCCAUGUUGAUAGGGAAGUAUGUCAGAGUUGUGCACGUUUCCAAAAGGAGACAGCAGAAUCCCAGAGCUCUAGCAUCUGUGUAUAUAUAUGGAGCGAAGAUUGCCAAGUGAUCAGCUAGCUAGCGAGUAAACUUGUAAUCGGUCGAGAUGGAAAUAUUGGGUACGAAAGCUUGUUUGUUUCUCAUCUUCUUCUACUGCCUCUUGGCAACUCGCGCAUCAAUUUGCUCCGCCAUUGUUGCAAACUCGUGCUGAGAUGGAGAUGGAGCCUCCUCCUUUGCGUCGAAGCGGCUUCCCAAAUUGGGUUUCUGUUUGGAGCCGCGCGCGACUGCUGCUUACCAGGUAAACUCAUUAAUUACGUAUAGCUAUGAUCGAUGAUCAUCGGAAUUACAGUUGAUUCAAAUAAUUUGAGUAAUUCUUCGAAUAUAUAGAAGAAGAAUGGAUCUUCAUCAUUCUUUCUAAGAUGAAACUCAUUGAACUUGAAAAUUAUACAUGCGAAGCUAUCAUAUUUUUGUCCACGUAGCCUCUGUUAUAGCAAGUAUUCUAGGUCGUGCUGAUUACGUGAAAUUCAAUUUUCAAUACGUAACAAUUAUGAGAAAUUGGCAUUUCAUGUUGGAUUGUUCGUGGAUCGGCUAACACAUAGGGCCAGGGGCGGACCCAGGAGAGUUUAGGGGUAUCCCGGGACACCCCUAAUUUUGGAAAAUUGAUUGUCCAGCCCCGGUGGUAAUUUACGUGUGGACAAAAAAUUAUAAUUAAUAGUUCAGGACACCCUGAAAUUUGAAAGAACGAUUAUCCUACUCUCAUUUGUAGUUUGCGUAUGGGAAUAUAAGUGGUAGUUUGGGUUAUUCAAACCUGGGAUACUACUAUUAUUAAUAAAUAUAAUUUCCAUUAGGCUACAACUUUUUUGUUGUUCUAUUCUAAAUACCAUGUAAUAGCAAAACCCUAUUCUCUAUCUUUAAUUAUUUUCAAAAUCUAACAAUUAAUCUAAUUACAAGUACCCUUAAUUUGUAUUGAUUUUAUGGUUGUACGACAAAUGUUGAAAGUGUCUUUUCAGCUUUGAGUUACAUCAAGAACAAAUUUAGAAGUCAAAUAUGCGUCAGUUCAUGAAUGAUUGUCUAGUAGGAUAUAUCGAGACAAAUUUGUUGAGCAGUGUAGACACCACGUGUAUUUUAUAAUUUUUUUUAGAAUAUGAAAAUACAUUAUUGAUUUUUUU